AAUCAUUCUUUUCCGCUCAAUUUCGGUGUGACAAUUUUGCUGUUUAUUUUUGGUGUUUUUUCGUUUUAUCAAAUCAAAUUUGAAUUAAAUAACUUUCAAAGACCCAAAAUGUCAUCAGAUGAAGAAGAUAAUGAUGAUGAUUAUUUAACAAAAUCAUCAUCAUCAUCAUCAUUAUCGGCCAAUCGAAUUGCAAGCGCAAUAUUAUUCGGUAAUAUUGAUGAAAAUGGUGAAUUAACUGAUAAUAUAUUUGAUGAUGAUGAAUGUCGACGACAUAUUGAUUCAUUAAAACCACAUUUAUCAUCGAUUAUUUCAUAUGAAGAUAUUAUUGAAAAUGAUGAUCAAGAUGAUGAUGAUGACAAUGAUUCUAAACAACGACCACAAUCGGAUAAUAAUGAUAAACGUUCAUCAGACGACGAUGGUAAAGAUCAAAUUGAUCAUUCAAAAUCAAAUGAAGAAAAUGAACAACAACAACAACAACAACAAGCAUGUAAAAAACGUCUGGAUACCCCUUUGGCAGCAAUGUUACCAUCCAAAUAUGCUGAUCUUGAUGUUACCGAAUUAUUUCCCGAAUUUCGUCAUGAUCAAGUAUUACGUUUUUCACGACUGUUUGGUCCGGGAAAAUCAUCAUCAUUACCGCAGAUUUGGAAAUCUGUUCGUAAUAAACGAAAAAAUCGUCAUAUAUUCGAGAAUAAAUUAUUUAUUGUACAACAACAACAAUCAAAAACAUCAUCACCAUCAAUCGAUAUGGAUGGUAAUAAUAAUAAAGAUAUUUGGCAAUUUAAUGCUUGCUCAUUGAAUGAUAUACCAGCCGAUAUGAUUGAAUUGGAUGAUGAAAUUCGUCUGUUACAAAAUGAUUUUCUGGAUGAUGAAUAUGGUAAAAAUGGUUCGGGUAAAAAUGAUGAUCAUAAUAAAAUUGCUGAAUGGCGUUAUGGACCGGCAAAAUUUUGGUAUGAUCGUAUGAAAGUACCUGAAAAUGGUGAUGGUUUUGAUUAUGGUUUUAAAUUGAAAAAACAAGAUACAUUUUUUGAUGAUAAUGAUAAUCGUGAUGAUAAUGACAGAAGCGACAAAGAUGGUCAUCGCGAACCAUCAACAUUGGAUAAUCCAUCAUCAACAACAACCGCAACAUUAUCAAACGAUGAUGAUGAUGCAUUUCAUUUGGUUACACAAUAUCAUUGGGAAAAUGAAAUUAUAUGGAAUGCUGAUGAAGUAAGACAGAAAAUUUUAGCAAAAUUAAAUGAUAAACAUUUGGCAUCUGGUUGGCUGCCAUCCGGUCAUAAUCGUACAGCAACUGCAUUUACACAACAAAUUCGUGGUUCAAUAACACCGAAGCCAUUACCACAAUCAUCAUCAUCAUCGUCAUCGUUGAAGAAAAAUGAUAAUAAAAAGAAUAAUCCGGAUAAAAAUGAUGAUCAAGACGGUGGUGGUGGUGGUGGUGAUCAAUGGUUUUCAAUAUUUCCAAUCGAAAAUGAAGAUCUUGUUUAUGGUCUUUGGGAAGAUUCAAUUAUAUGGGAUAGUGAAGCAAUGGAUCAUAUACCAGAACCACCAUUACUCGUACUGGAUCGUAAUGAUGAAAAUAUUAUAUUAGAAAUACCAAAAGAUGAAGAUCCAAAUGAAAAUAAUAAAAAUCAACCAACAAAAGAAAAAAAAGAAGGUAUAAGAAAAUCAAGAUUAUUAUUAGGUAAAGCUGGUGUUAUUGCUGAACCGGAAAUUCUACAACCACCAUCACCACCAUCAAGUGAAAAAGAUCCAUAUAAUAUAUCGAAUGAUGAAUAUUAUGCACAGAAAGCUAAUACAACCGAUGUAACAUUGAAAUCAAAUGUUGGCAGUAAUCUUAUUCAGCAUUCAAUACCGGCAUUAGAAUUAAGGCAACCAUUUUUUCCAACGUUUCUUAGUUAUCAAAGAUUACGUGCAUUUCAUCGUCCAUCAUUAAAAAGAUAUUCACAUGGUACUAUUGCCGAUACAUUACCACAUGGUGUACAACCAUUAGUUAAACAUAUUAAACGUAAAGCUAAACAACGUGAACAAGAACGGCAAGCAUCUGGUGGUGGUGAAAUGUUUUUUAUGCGUACACCUGAAGAUCUUACAGGUAAAGAUGGUGAUUUGAUUUUGACGGAAUAUUCGGAAGAACAUCCACCAUUAAUUAUGCAAGUUGGUAUGGCUACAAAAAUUAAAAAUUAUUAUCGAAGGAAAUUGGGCAAAGAUAGUGGUGCACCAAAUUAUAAAUAUGGUGAAACUAUUUAUAGUCAUUCAUCACCAUUUCUUGGAAAUCUUCUGCAUGGACAAUCAAUACAAGCAUUGGAAAAUAAUUUAUUUCGUGUACCAAUUUAUGAACAUCAAUUACCGGAAACAGAUUUUCUUGUUAUACGUACCCGUGAUAAUUAUCAUAUUCGUGAAGUUGAAACAAUUUAUACGGUUGGACAGGAGUUACCGCUGUACGAAGUUCCCGGACCGAAUUCAAAAAAAGCAAAUAAUUUUAUGCGUGAUUUUUUACAAGUUUUUAUUUUUCGUUUAUUCUGGAAAAAUAAUGAUAAUCCACGAAGAAUUAAAAUGGAAGAUAUAAAAAAAGCAUUUCCAUUACAUUCGGAAAGUUCCAUACGUAAACGUUUGAAACAAUGUGCGGAUUUUAAACGUACCGGUAUGGAUUCUAAUUGGUGGGUAUUGAAAGCAGAUUUUCGUCUACCAUCGGAAGAUGAAAUUCGUGCUAUGGUAUCACCUGAAGCUUGUUGUGCAUAUUAUUCAAUGUUAGCAGCCGAACAACGUCUUAAAGAUGCUGGUUAUGGGGAAAAAUCAAUGUUUGCACCGGAUGAUGCUGAAGAUGAAGAUUUACAAGUAAAAAUGGAUGAUGAAGUCAAAGCAGCACCAUGGAAUACAACUCGUGCAUUUAUAUCGGCAAUGAAAGGCAAAUGUCUGUUACAAUUGACUGGUGUUGCUGAUCCAACUGGUUGUGGUGAAGGAUUUUCAUAUGUUCGUAUACCGAAUAAACCACAACAAUCAAAAGAAGAACAACAAAAAGAACCAUUACCGAAAAAAACUGUUACCGGUACGGAUGCUGAUCUUCGUCGUUUACCAUUGAAUGCAGCUAAACAAUUAUUACGGAAAUUUGGUGUACCAGAUGAUGAAAUAAAAAAAUUGAGCCGUUGGGAAGUUAUCGAUGUUGUUCGUACAUUAUCAACCAAACAGGUGAAACAACAAACUGGCGAUAGUACAGGUGGACCAGGUGAAGAUGAUGCUAUGAGUAAAUUUGCACGUGGUAAUCGAUUUUCAAUUGCUGAACAUCAAGAACGUUAUAAAGAAGAAUGUCAACGUAUUUUUGAUCUACAAAAUCGUGUAUUAGCAUCGAAUGAAGAUCUUUCUACUGAUGAAGAUGAAAGUGAAGAAGAAGAAGAUUCAGAAAUUGAAGAAUUAGGUAAAAAUAUUGAAUCAAUGUUGGCGAAUAAAAAAACAAUCAAUCAAAUAUCACGUGAUAAAGAAGAAGAAGAACGUAGAGAAUUGAAAAAAUUAAUGUUACGUGAUGAAUUAUCGAAUCAAGGUGGUGGAAAACGUAAAAAUGAUCCAAAUGCUGCUGAUAACGCUGAUAAUAAUGAUAAUAAUGAUUUACAAAUGUCUUCAUCAUCAACAUCAUCCGGACGAAUAUUGAAAAUAUAUCGAACAUAUACAGAUUCAGAAGGAAAAGAAUAUGUUCGUAUUGAAACUGUACGUAAACCGGCUGUUAUCGAUACAUAUGUACGUAUACGAACAACAAAAGAUGAUACUUUCAUAAAACAAUUUGCAUCAACAAUGGAUGAACAACAAAAAGAAGAAAAACGUAAAGAAAAACGUCGUAUACAGGAACAAUUACGUCGUAUGAAACGUAAUCAAGAACGUGAAAAAUUAGCAAAUUCAUUACGUAAUUCAUAUGGUAUUAUGACAACAACGGCUAACAAUAAUUUUUCAAUGAUGAAUAUUGGUGGUGGUGGUAGUAUUGGUUCGAUUAGCGGUAUCGGUAGUAUGCAACCACAAUCAUCAACGACAACAUCAACACCAUUAUCGGCUAAUCUAUCAUCACCAUUUUCAUUUAAUAUUGGUGGUAGUAGUGGUGGUGUUGGUAACAUUGGUACACCAACCACCUCAUCAAUCGAUGGAUUAUCAUCAUCGUCAACAUUGAAUCGGAAAAAAUCCGGAAAUCGUAAAGAAAAAGAAACAAAAUUAAAAUGUGGUGCUUGCGGUAGUGUUGGUCAUAUGCGUACGAAUCGUGCAUGUCCAUUAUAUGGUAUUGCGGAUUCUGGUUCUAUACCGUUUGGAAAUGAUUUAUCAACUGAUGAUAGUUUUGGUGCUAGUGGUGGUGGUAGUAAUUUUAUUGGUGGUAGUAUUAGCCAAUCAACAAAUUUGGAUGAUGAAAAUUUUGUAAAAUUAGAUGAAACAAAAUUAGUUUUAUCAAAAACCGUAAUGAAACAAUUGGAUUUAGAACAACAAAAACAACAACAAUUAGAACAGGAACGAUUACAGAAAAAAUCAGCAGCAGCUGCAUCAAUAAAAUUAAAAAUACCAAAAGAUAUAUUGAAAAAACGUAAAAAACGUUCCGCAACCCAGGAUAAUAAUGAUCAAUUGGAUUAUUUACAAAAACCAGAUUAUAAAUCAGCAAAUCGUCGUCGUACUGAUCCAUUAGUAAUAUUAUCGGAUAUUUUCGAAGAAAUAUGGAAUGAAAUGCGUUCAAUACAGGAUUCUGAACCAUUUCAUCAACCGGUUAAUGUAAAAACUGUACCAGAUUAUUAUAAUAUUAUAACCAGGCCAAUGGAUCUGCAAUCAAUACGACAAAAUAUACGUAAUAAACGUUAUAAAAAUCGUGAAGAAUUUUUAAAUGAUAUAAAUUUAAUUGUAAAAAAUUCAGAAAUUUAUAAUGGACCAAAUCAUGUAUUAAGCGUUAUUGCAAGACGUUUAAUGGAACUUUGUGUAUUGAAAAUUCAACAAAAAGAAGAUGAAUUAAUUAAAUUGGAAAAAGUAAUCAAUCCAUUAUUGGAUGAAGAUCAAAUUGCAUUUUCCUACAUACUCCGUACAAUUGUUGCACAAAAAUUAAAAACAAUUCCGGAUACAUGGUCAUUUCAUAAACCAGUUAAUAAAAAGACUGUAAAAAAUUAUUAUGAUAUAAUAAAAAAUCCAAUGGAUUUGGAUACAUUGGAACAAAAUGCCGCAAAUCAUUUAUAUCGUACAAGGGAAAAAUUUUUAGAACAUGUAAAUCUUAUAUAUGAAAAUAGUGUUAAAUUUAAUGGUCAGGAUAGUGAAUUUACAAGAAAAGCAGGACAAAUUGUUGAUGUAGCCAAUAAUGAAUUGAAACAAUAUGAAUUACAAUUGAUUGAAUUGGAAAAAGCAAUCGAUAAUCAUAAUAUUGAUCGAUUUAAUGAUGAUGAUGAUAUGAUGAUGGUCGAUGAUGAUUAUGAUGAUGAUUAUGAAUCAAAUAUGGCUGAAGAAUAUGAUGAUGAUCAACAACCACCACCUGCUAAACAGCCAAGAUUCAAUGAUGGUGAUGAUCGAAAUCCGAAUGAAACUGAUAUCGUUGCUGAUGAUUUACAAAUUGAAAGUGGUGAUGAAAGUGAUGAUGAUGAUGAUGAACGUUCAGAAUCUGGUUGGCAACAACAACAACAACAACAUUCGGAUUAUAUUCAAUGGUUAAAAUCAUAUCCGAAAAUUUCUUCAUCAUCAACAACAACAACAAAUGAAUUGAUUACAGCAAUGAUUGAAGAUCGUACACAAACAUUAAUAUCAAUUAUUAUUGAUCGAAAUAAACUGCUGGCUGCUACAUAUAAACAUGAAGAUGAAUUUUUUAAUGAAUUUCGUAAAUCAAGUAAAAUAUUAUUCGAUAAUCUUUUACUAUUGAAACCGGUUAUAACAUUGAAUUUUAUUUGUGAUAAAUUGGUUCUACCGACAUUGAUAAAUUGGAAAUCAUUAUCAUUUGCUGAAAUUGAAUGUUCCCUAUAUUAUUUUCAUUUGAUUGGUGAAAAUUUAAAUAUUUUGGAUAUGAAUAUAAAAUGUUUAGAAAAUUUAGUACAAGCAUUGAUUACAUCAUCCAUAUCGAUGUUUGAUAAUCCAAUAACACAAUCAUUAUAUUUUGAUCUUAUCGUACGAUAUGAAAAAUUUUUCAAUUCAAAUCUAAAUCAUUUAUUAUCACAGAUUAUUGUUUCAUUUUUGGAUGGUCGUGGUCUUCGUAAUUCCAAUCUCAAGAUUCGAAGUAAAGUUUGUAAACUUUUUAAUAAAUUUACCAAAACAUAUAUCCGUUCGAAACAUAAUUCACAGGAAAAACAACAACAUUUUAUUGAUGAUAUAUUGAAAAGAAUACAGGAUUUUCUUGAAUUGGAUAUUGUUUUUGAUUCAAUUGAUGAUCUUUUGGAACAAGAUCUUGAACAUAUUGUUAAUUCAAAUUAUUUGAUUCAACGUGAACAGAUAAAAUUUCCAUAUCCAUUAUCAUCAUCUGAUCAUUUGAAUAUUUAUGAAACAGUUUCAUUUUUAAUUAUAUCAAAUCAUCAUAAUCAACAAUAUAAACAACAAUUAUUAAAAGAAUUAUUUGAAAAAAUAUGGAAAAAAUAUCAAGAUUAUAAUGAUGAAUCGGAAAGAAUUUUAUUGUAUUUAAAUCAAAAUGGUUUUACAAACGUGUUAACAGCACAGAAAAUAUCAUUACAAGAAAAACGUUUCGUUUUACAUUAUCAUCAAUCACAUUUAAUUGAUAUAAUAUCGGCUACAUCAAAAUCAUUUUCAUCGGUUAAUACUGUGAAACAGAUUGGCGUUCAACAAUUUUAUCUUUAUUCAUUUGAAUUAUUUAUUAAAUCGAUUGUUGGUCAUUCGUUGAAUCAACAACAGCAAAAUCAAACUACGAUUGAUAUGGAAGCACAACAUAUUCUUCAAUCAUCCAUUCGAUUAUAUUUACAUCGAUUGAUUGUAUGUUUAGGUGAAGAUGAAAUGAUACCAAUGCUGCCGAAUGCAAUACAAACAUUAUUUCUAUCAUCAAAUGAAAUUAGUUCCAAAUCAAUAUUAGAAUUAAUACCAUUAUUCAAUCAGAUAAUACCAAAAUAUAAACAUUCAUGGCUAUUUCAACGUGAUAUACUACCAUUUUUAGAUCGUAUAUUUUGUCCAUUAAUCAAUCUAUAUUUUCGUUUGAUUAUCGAAGCUAAUAUUGAUAGUGAACAAAUUUCAUUACAAAAAUCAUAUUAUUCAUAUUUACAUUUACUUACUGUACAUUGUUUGAUGCCAAAUUUUUUCGAUAUUGAAUCACAAUUGAUUGAAAAAAUAAUCGCAUCAUUGAUCGAAGGUAUUGUACAUUCAACCGAUUCAUCGAUUCAACGUACCUGUUGUCAAACAAUGGCCAAUCUAAUUGAUAUUUAUGUAAACGAUAUGAAACAAGCGGACAAACAAAAUCGAUCAAUCAAUCAAUAUUUUCAACGAAUAAUUUAUGAUCAAUUAAUUUUGGCUUGUUUGAUUUGUAUGUCCAGGAAUUUUAUCGAAGAUUAUGGUUCAUGUCAAGAUGCUAUCGUGUUGAUACGAAAAUUAAAACCAUUAAUUGGUGAUGAACAAUUGGCAAUAUUUUUACGACAAGAAAUUAUACCGAAAUAUUUUUCCACAUCAAAUUUUUCAACAAUCAUCAGUGAUGAUAAUCAACAACAACGACAGCAACAAAUAAAUGAUGAUAUUGUUGAUUUAUUGUUAACAUUAGAUAUAAAACAAUGUCGAAAAAGGAUUCGUCAUACAUUUUUACAUUUUAAAAAAUGAUAAUUUGAUUUCCGUUUUUACAAAAUUUUUUUUCUCAAUGAUUUAAAACUACACACACACACACACUGUCAAACUCAAAUUCCCCUGUGAUAUUUUUAUGUUGUUAUUGUUAAUUAAUUAUUUUUUUUUUUUGAAUUUUUGGUCAACGGAAAUCGAUGAUGAAAAAAUUGAUUGAUUUUUUGAAU